AUGUUCUACAUAAGACAGAUGGAAGAGAGAAUUGUGCUUGAGCCAAAGUACUUGGGAAAGAAAAUAGAGGAGACUGUAAGAAAGCGGUUGAUGUCUGAGGUAGAGGGCAAGUGCAAGGCUGACUGUGGAUACAUCAUAAGCAUAAUUUCAAUAGACAACUUAUAUACCACGGAAGUAGACAGCACUUCUGGGUCUGCUACCUUUCUAGCGGAGUACUCUGCGCUAACUCUUUUCCCAAAGAAAAAUGAAGUGGCCAAUGCAGUGGUUCACGAAAUAAACAAAAUGGGCAUCUUUUGCUUCAUAGGUCCAUUUUCUGUGUUUAUUAGUAUACACCAAUUAUCAGGGCAGUUCAUAGAGGCAGGAGCGCAUUCUAGCAUAAUACAGCAUGAUGGGGGCUCUGUUAUAGUUAAGGACAGUAUUGUUAGGCUAAGACUAAUUGGUGUUAAAAUUGAACCAACAAAGAUAUUUGGAGUAGCCACUAUAAACGAUGACUACUUAGGAAACAUCCAAUAACCAAAAAUACAGCCCAAAAUAUUUCAAAGUGCACUUUGCAUUAACUCAACCACCAAGAUUCCAUUUGUACGCGUGUAUCUAGCCGACAAUUUCAAAUUAGUGCUAUAUAUAGUGGCAUAAUAUACACUCAGUGAGAUCUGAUCUACCAGGCUCUCAGGGUUUUUAGUAUAUCAAGCGCGUAUGAACCUAUUUAUAUAAAAUAAAAGAACCCUACC